UGGUGAUGAUGUGAAGUAAAAAUGCAAACCCUGAGUAUAGAAAGCUUGGUGCUUGCAACCAGAAAGUUUCUGGACACAUUUCCACCCAGUUCUUUUAACUACAGGAGGUCUACAAUGAAGAUACCCGUGGUUGAUUUUGAAGUAUACAAAAUUGGAGUGGAUAGCGUUGCUGAUGAGAAAAUGAAUGUCUUAUGCAAGGAUCUGAAAGCAGCCUUCACCGAAGUUGGGUUUGUGUAUUUGAAGAAUACGGGCAUCACUCAACAAGAGGUGGAUAAAGUUAUGGACAUCUCGAAGAAAUUCUUCCUUCUACCAGAUGAUGUGAAGGCACCAUUCAAGAGGAGCAGCUUUCCAGAUAAUCCAAACCACGGCUGGGUAUCCUCUGAAACAGAGAGGUUAAAUCCCCUUCGGGCUGGAGACUUGAAAGAGGCCUUCAAUACUACCUCCUUACAUCCUGACGUGAAGUGGCCCUCAGAGGAUGUGUUGGUUGGUUUCCGGGAGGUGCAGGUGUCCUUCUUCCUGUGCUGUAAAGACCUCUCUCUCCGUGUAUUGCGGGUAAUGGCUCUCAGCCUGGGACUGGACCCAGAGGUCUUUCUUAGCAAACACAGGCUCAUUGGAUGUGAGAAGAAUGGUAGCACCCUACGGGCUCUGUACUACCCCCCAGUGCAGACGGACUCAGUGAAGGAGGGACAGCUGCGCUGUGGAGAGCACUCUGACUAUGGCACCAUCACCCUAGUCUUCCAGAGCACAGAGGGUGGACUGCAGGUACUGAGUCGCUCUGGGGAGUACAUAUCAGCGCCUAGCAUUCCAGGCACCGUCCUGAUCAACAUCGCAGACAUGAUGCAGAGAUGGACCGGUGACAUCUUCAUAUCCGCGAUCCACAGGGUUCUUCUGCCCCCUGCUGGUGACAUGAGCACUCGACAGUCUGUGGCCUUCUUUGUGCAGCCAGAUGAUGAUGCCAUCAUUACAUGCUGUGAUGGAUCAGACAAAUAUCCUCCAAUCAAGUCUGUGGACUACCUCCUCGAGCGCUUCAAUGAGUCGUAUGGAAGAAAGUAGACCUUUCCUUUUCAUAAGCAGGAUUUUAUCUGAGGAACCUUUAACCAGUGGAAGAUUUUAAGCAGCAAUCUGCACAAACUGUAAUGGAACAGGUAUCUCAGAUGAUUCACACUACAUGUAAAUGUAAUUGUUCUGUCUCUAGUAUUCUAUGGAGUGUAAUGAUUACUUGGCAGAAUUAAAUGUGUAAACUGUAAUACAAGGUGUUUCUCUGCUGGAAUCAGUAAAGACAAACAAAAAAGAGGGGCAAGUCUUGAUUA